GUGUGAGCACAGAAACGAUGGCGACAGAGUCCCCGCGCCGGCCCAGCCGAUGCACAGGAGGGGUGGUGGUUCGGCCUCAAGCUGCCACGGAACAGUCCUACAUGGAGAGUGUUGUUACCUUCCUGCAAGAUGUUGUGCCACAGGCCUACAGUGGGACCCCACCAGAAGAAAAGGAGAAGAUUGUUUGGGUCAGAUUUGAAAAUGCAGAUUUAAAUGAUACAUCCAGGAAUAUGGAAUUCCAUGAAAUCCACAGCACUGGGAAUGAACCCCCCUUGCUGCUGCUGAUUGGGUACAGUGAUGGAAUGCAAGUCUGGAGCAUCCCUAUCAGUGGUGAAGCUCAGGAGCUCUUCUCCAUCCGCCACGGGCCCGUUCGAGCCGCCCGGAUUUUACCUGCCCCACAAAUCAGUGCCCAGAAAUGUGAUAAUUUCUCUGAGAAACGGCCCCUGCUUGGUGUGUGCAAAAGCAUUGGAUCCUCUGGCACCAGCCCUCCCUACUGCUGUGUGGAUCUGUAUUCCCUGAGAACAGGAGAGAUGGUCAAGUCCAUCCAGUUCAAAACUCCCAUUUAUGACCUCCACUGCAACAAGAGGAUCCUGGUCGUGGUCCUGCAGGAGAAAAUCGCUGCCUUUGACAGCUGCACCUUCACCAAAAAGUUCUUCGUUACCAGCUGCUAUCCUUGUCCAGGGCCAAACAUGAAUCCCAUUGCCCUCGGAAGCCGUUGGCUUGCUUAUGCAGAAAAUAAGCUGAUCCGAUGCCAUCAAUCCCGUGGUGGAGCCUGUGGAGACAACAUCCAGUCUUACACUGCCACAGUCAUUAGUGCUGCCAAAACGAUAAAGACGGGGCUGACCAUGGUUGGGAAGGUGGUCACUCAGCUCACGGGGACGCUGCCGUCGGGAGCCACCGAGGAGGAGAUUUUGGCUCACAGCAACCUCCGCCGGAGCCCUCUGGUGCCCGGGAUCGUCACCAUCAUCGACACCGAGACGGUGGCAGAGGGACAGGUGCUGGUGAGCGAGGACUCGGACAGCGACGGCAUCGUGGCCCAUUUCCCUGCCCACGAGAAGCCCAUUUGCUGCAUGGCCUUUAACCCCAGUGGGAUGUUGCUGGUCACCACUGACACGUUAGGCCAUGAUUUCCAUGUUUUCCAAAUCCUGACACAUCCUUGGUCAUCCUCACAAAGUGCCGUCCAUCAUUUGUACACACUUCACAGGGGAGAGACUGAAGCCAAAGUCCAGGACAUCUCCUUCAGCCACGACUGUCGCUGGGUGGUGGUCAGCACGCUGCGGGGCACUUCCCACGUUUUUCCCAUCAAUCCCUACGGGGGCCAGCCCUGUGUGAGGACACACAUGUCCCCCCGGGUGGUGAAUCGCAUGAGCCGCUUCCAGAAGAGCGCGGGGCUGGAGGAGAUCGAGCAGGAGCUCACGUCCAAGCAAGGGGGACGCUGCAGCCCCGUACCAGGCCUGUCCAGCAGCCCCUCUGGCUCACCCCUCCACGGUAAAUUGAACAGCCAAGACACUUACAACAACUUCACAAACAACAAUCCUGGGAACCCUCGGCUGCUGCCUCUUCCAAGCCUGACCGUGGUGUUGCCUCUUGCUCAGAUCAAGCAGCCAAUGACGUUGGGGACCAUCACCAAACGCACAGGACCUUACCUGUUUGGAGCAGGAUGUUUUUCCAUAAAAGCUCCCUGCAAAUCCAAACCAGCUCCCCAGAUUUCACCCAGUAAGUCUGUGGGGGGAGAGUUCUGUGUCGCCGCAGUCUUUGGAUCAUCAAGGUCAUGGUUUGCAAACAAUUCCGGUCUGAAGCGGGAAAAAGAUCAAUCCAAGCAGUUUGUGGUGGAGUCCUUGUACAUCAUCAGCUGUUAUGGGAGCCUGGUGGAGCACGUCCUGGAGCCAAGGCCCCUCAGCACAGCUCCCAAAAUCAGUGAUGACACCCCCCUGGAAAUGCUGACCUGCCCCAGAGCCAGCUGGACUUUGGUUAGAACUCCUCAGUGGAAUGAGCUCCAACCACCAUUUAAUGCAAACCAUCCUCUGCUCCUGGCUGCAGAUGCUGUGCAGUACUACCAGUAUCUUCUGGCUGGCUUGGUGCCACCGGGGAGCCCUGGGCCCAUCACCCGGCACGAGUCCUACGACAGCUUGGCCUCCGACCACAGCGGGCAGGAGGACGAGGAGUGGCUGUCCCAGGUGGAAAUAGUGACUCACACGGGGCCCCACCGGCGCCUGUGGAUGGGCCCCCAGUUCCAGUUCAAAACAAUCCACCCCUCGGGCCAAACCACCGUCAUCUCCUCCAGCUCGUCGGUGCUGCAGUCGCACGGCCCCAGCGACACCCCCCAGCCGCUGCUGGACUUCGACACGGACGAUCUCGAUCUCAACAGUCUCAGGAUCCAGCCGGUGCGCUCGGAGCCCGUCAGCAUGCCGGGGUCACCGCGGCCCGCGGCCGACCGCAGAGGGGUCUCCACAGUCAUCGAUGCUACUUCAGGUUGGGCUCUGCCUCUCUUUUUCCAGCCAUGGUUUCAGCGUGUGCUUUUCAUUCCCUGCUCGAGUGUGUCGGGAGCAGCAUUCCAGCUGGGUUCACUCUUCCUCCCGAGGUGA